AAGCAUUCACAGCCCAAAAAGCAUGGCUUCCAUCAAAACACAAGCAUUGAUCCUUCUCUUUUCUCUCAUCACCAUCUGCUUCACCAUCAAGCCCUCUUUUGGUGCUCAAAUAGCCAUUUAUUGGGGCCAGAACGGCAAUGAAGGCUCAUUAACAAGCACAUGUGCCUCUGGAAACUAUGAGAUUGUGCUUCUCGCUUUCCUCCACGUCUUUGGUGCUGGAAGAACGCCGGACUGGAAUUUCGCUGGCCAUUGUGGUAGUUGGGACCCCUGCACUAAACUAGCUCCAGAAAUACAAUUCUGCCAAAGCCAAAACAUCAAAGUGUUCCUUUCCCUUGGAGGAGCCAUUGGAAGCUACUCCAUUGCUUCGGCAGAUGAUGCCAAGGUCGUUGCAAACUACCUUUGGAACAACUUCCUCAGUGGUCAAUAUGGCCCACUAGGAAGUGUUGCCCUAGACGGCAUCGAUUUUGACAUUGAAGGUGGCUCCAAUCUUCACUGGGAAGACCUUGCAAAAGAACUCUAUGCCUUCAAACAACAAAAAACCUUGUACUUAUCAGCAGCCCCACAAUGUUUCAUCCCAGACUAUUACUUAGACACGGCUAUUAAAACUGGUUAUUUUGAUUAUAUCUUUGUCCAGUUCUACAAUAACCCUCCGUGUCAAUACUCAGACGGCAACACCGCUCUCUUGUUUCAAUCUUGGAAUGAUUGGAUAUCUCGUGUUCCAUCAUCUCCUUCCAAUGGGACUGUCUUUCUAGGGUUGCCGGCCACACCCGCCGGAGCUCCAAGCGGUGGAUAUAUCCCAACGGAAGUGAUGAAUUCUCAGGUUCUUCCCUAUGUGAAGCAAUCAUCCAAUUAUGGUGGAGUUAUGCUGUGGAGUAGGUUCCAUGAUAUUCAAAACAACCCUCCAUACAGUGCUCUGAUAAAGCCUUAUGUCCUGAGAUCUGCAUUGAACUUGGCUGCAAAAACUGUGAAUGCAAUUUAUGAAUGCGUGUUUAAUGCAAUCAACAAUAUGUUACCGAAAAGUUUGGCAUAGUACUGGCUACUAGCUAGAGUGCCAUAUCAAUAUCUGAGCAUGUAUGUAUGUGCUUUGCUACGAAUAAAAUAAAAUAACAAUAAGCGAAUGAGCAGAUCCUACAUGCAAGUUAGGUUAUACACCUUCAUGUAUAGGAUCUUGCAUAUCAUUAAUAUUAAAUAA